AGGAAAUUAAGGGGGGGGACACGCCUCUUCACCCUGCCCCUGAAAUGAGCAGAGAAAGAGAGGAGCAGGAAGGAAAAGAAGUAGCAUUCAAGGAGGAGCCCAUCCCGCCUCCACGCCGUUUGUCUUCACGCGUGAGAAUGCCGAGCUAGGGAAGCCCACAGGGCUAAAUUCGAUGGGGAUCAAGCCCCCAGCGGGAGCGGCGGGGACGAAACGAACGAAAGACCGCCAGCAGCACGACCAGGCUCGCUACUACGGCAAGCGCCGAGGCUCAGGACACCUCCUGCCGGCACUUCGCGGACGAGCCGCAGCGCCACGAAGGCGGCGGCCCCACCUCUUUCCAUAAAGAAACGCUCCGAGCGGCUGGAGUGCGAGGCCUUCCCAACGAUCCCGACCCUUCUCUCCUUCCCAUCCUGCUCCCCCCACCCCAUGGCUGGGCGCGCGAGGGACUCGCAGCAUCACCGCCACCGCCAGCAGCCACCCGGCAAUAUGAUCACUUCCGGUUUCUCUUCCCCCAACCCCCCAGCAGCAGCAGCAGCUCAGGAGGUCAGACCUGCCACUGAUGGUAGCAGCAGCUCCUCCUCUUCAUCAUCCUCCAAGAAGAGAAAGCUGAAUAGUAAUAGCAACAGUGCUGAGAGGGAAGAAGUUGAAUCCAUCUCGUCGUGCUCCUCCCUUCUUUCCAGAAACAAUUCCUCCACAUCAUCCUCUGUUGCUGCCACCACCGCCUCCUGUUCCUCCUCAGGGGCUGCCUCUUCCAACCAUCACCUGCAGAAGAAGUUGCGUUUUGAGGACUCCUUAGAUUUUAUUGGACUUGAUGUGAAGAUGGCUGAAGAGUCUUCCUCUUCUUCUUCAUCAUCACCUGCUGCCUCUUCUCAGCAGCAGCUCAAAAACAAAAGCCUCUUAAUCUCCUCAGUAGCUGUGGGACACCACGCAAAUGGACUGACCAAAGCUGCCUCCUCCACUGUCUCCAGUUUUGCCAACAGUAAACCUGGGUCAGCAAAGAAGUUAGUGAUCAAGAACUUUAAAGAUAAACCUAAACUGCCUGAAAAUUACACAGAUGAAACCUGGCAGAAACUGAAAGAAGCAGUAGAAGCUAUUCAAAACAGUACUUCAAUUAAGUACAACUUAGAAGAGCUCUAUCAGGCUGUUGAAAAUCUCUGCUCAUAUAAGAUUUCUGCAAAUUUGUACAAGCAGUUAAGACAGAUUUGUGAAGACCAUAUCAAAGCACAGAUUCAUCAGUUUAGAGAGGAUUCAUUGGACAGUGUUCUUUUUCUCAAGAAAAUAGACAAAUGUUGGCAAGACCACUGCAGACAAAUGAUAAUGAUUAGAAGUAUCUUUUUGUUCCUGGAUCGAACCUAUGUUCUUCAGAAUUCAAUGCUGCCAUCAAUUUGGGAUAUGGGGCUAGAAUUGUUUAGGACUCAUAUAAUUAGUGAUCAGAAAGUCCAGAACAAAACCAUUGAUGGCAUUCUUCUCUUGAUUGAGCGAGAGAGAAAUGGCGAGGCUAUUGAUAGGAGCCUGCUUCGCAGCCUUCUAAGCAUGCUUUCAGAUUUGCAGAUUUAUCAGGAUUCUUUUGAGCAUAGAUUCUUAGAAGAAACGAAUCGUCUAUAUGCAGCAGAAGGACAGAGACUUAUGCAAGAAAGAGAGGUUCCAGAAUACCUGCAUCAUGUCAACAAACGCUUGGAGGAAGAAGCUGACAGAAUUAUCACUUACUUGGAUCAAAGCACUCAGAAACCUCUAAUUGCUACUGUAGAAAAACAGCUGCUAGGUGAACAUUUAACAGCCAUUCUACAGAAAGGUUUAAAUCACCUCUUGGAUGAAAACAGAAUUCAGGACUUGUCUCUAUUAUAUCAGUUGUUCAGUAGGGUGAAAAAUGGAGUGCAAGCUCUCUUGCAGCAGUGGAUUGAAUAUAUAAAGGCAUUUGGAAGCACCAUUGUAAUCAAUCCAGAAAAAGACAAAACCAUGGUCCAAGAACUAUUAGACUUUAAGGAUAAAGUUGAUCAUAUAAUUGACAUUUGCUUUUUGAAGAAUGAGAAGUUUGUCAAUGCCAUGAAAGAAGCCUUUGAAACCUUUAUCAACAAAAGACCAAAUAAACCUGCUGAGCUCAUAGCUAAGUAUGUGGAUUCCAAGCUUCGUGCAGGCAACAAAGAGGCUACUGAUGAAGAGCUUGAAAAGAUGUUGGAUAAAAUUAUGAUUAUAUUUAGGUUCAUCUAUGGAAAGGAUGUUUUUGAGGCCUUUUACAAAAAAGAUCUAGCAAAGCGGCUAUUAGUAGGCAAAAGUGCAUCAGUAGAUGCUGAAAAAUCUAUGCUUUCCAAACUCAAACAUGAAUGUGGAGCUGCUUUCACCAGCAAACUCGAAGGAAUGUUUAAAGACAUGGAGCUUUCAAAAGACAUCAUGAUACAGUUUAAGCAGUAUAUGCAAAAUCAGAAUGUACCUGGUAACAUUGAACUCACCGUGAAUAUCUUGACUAUGGGCUAUUGGCCAACCUAUGUGCCUAUGGAGGUCCACCUACCAUCAGAGAUGGUCAAACUGCAGGAGAUAUUCAAGACAUUUUACCUAGGAAAACACAGCGGCAGAAAACUUCAGUGGCAAUCAACAUUGGGGCACUGUGUACUCAAAGCAGAAUUUAAAGAGGGCAAAAAAGAGCUGCAAGUCUCUUUGUUCCAGACUUUAGUGCUGCUUAUGUUUAACGAAGGUGAAGAAUUCAGUUUAGAGGAGAUAAAACAAGCUACUGGAAUAGAGGAUGGAGAGCUACGACGAACACUCCAGUCAUUAGCCUGUGGCAAGGCCAGAGUGCUAACAAAAAGUCCCAAAGGCAAAGAUGUGGAAGAUGGAGACAAAUUUACUUGCAAUGAUGACUUCAGACAUAAGCUAUUCAGGAUAAAAAUCAAUCAGAUCCAGAUGAAAGAAACGGUAGAAGAGCAAGCAAGCACUACGGAGAGGGUCUUUCAGGAUCGCCAGUAUCAAAUUGAUGCCGCAAUUGUGAGAAUUAUGAAAAUGCGCAAGACUCUGAGCCACAAUCUGCUUGUGUCUGAAGUAUACAACCAGCUGAAAUUCCCAGUAAAGCCGGCUGACCUUAAGAAGAGAAUAGAAUCGUUAAUUGACAGAGACUACAUGGAAAGAGAUAAGGAGAACCCCAACCAAUACAACUACAUUGCGUAAACACACAAUGGGCCUUCUUCAGUUUUUUUUUCCUUUUCUGCACACUUGAUGUUCUACUUGGUUGCUGGUGGAUAAACAAGCCUGUUGAUCCCAUUAAAUCAACUUUUUCUACUACCAAUGACUGAAUGAAAGCAAUGUAAUGUGGGGGGGGACAUAGUAGAGUGGAUUUUUUCAGUGGAUUUAACAUGCCCAUUUAAAGAGUAGUAUUUACAUUUUAAGAAGAAUGCUGUUGAACUCUUUGCAUGAUAUUUGGUAUGGUGUGCAGAAAACUGUAAGGAAGUAUCUGGUCUUUGUGAUUCCAUUGGGCUCUAGGUAUAAAGGGACGCCCUUCUUUCAUAUACAGCUAUUGUACCUUUUUCCACCUUGAAACAAUGAAAGGGUAAAAUAGAAUGUUUUUCUUUUUAAAAAAUAGCCUUUUAAAUUGCAUAAACUGCAUGCAAAUCUCUUAAUUGCUGUAUAAAAUGAUUGGAUGUGUUUAAGAAACAGCAAAGUCUGUAUGGAUUUGGCUAUCCCUCAGAAUAACAAAAGUCAACUUCGCAGUCACCCAAGAUUUUCUGCAAAUUGGAAAUAAAAUUACACUCCUGUGAAUGGACUUCUAAGGCUGAGAUAGUAUAUACCAUUCAUUGCUGUGGCAACCUGAAUUGCUUAGAAUUGUGCUGCAAAGGCUACUGUGAAAGCUUAGGGGUUUAGACUGCUGAUAUUACCUUUGCCUUCCAAUGUAAGUACUCUGAAAAAAUAAAACCCAUUCUUGAUGUAAAAGUUGCCAUGGGGGGGGAGGUGAACUCCCCUUUUUUUAUAAUUGUUACAGAGAAGGAACACUGCAUAAACAUAGAAGUGAAUGAUACCACAGUUGUUGUUUUGGGCUUCUUCCCCGCCCUAUCCUUGUUUUUGCAUAAACACUAUAAGAACUAAAAUUAGGGGUUUUAUACUUUUCAGAAUCUUCUUCAUCUUGGGCCAGGGAUCUGGAUAGCUUUUUAUACAUCAAAUGGCUAUUGCAUUAAGAGCUGUGCCUUCAGCCGAUCUUGCCAGGCUUCCCAGGCUCUCCUUACCCUUGGUAUAGCUGCAAAGAAUCUAAAAAGCUGGUCCUCUCCAAGCAUUGCAUACCUAGGGAAGAUGCCAGGAAGUUGUGAAAGGCAAAAUGAAAUGCUACUUGCAACACAGUGCAGCCUUCUGACUUUUUCCUUUUUGCACUCAUAGACUAAGCAACAUUAGCCUAAGCCCUGUAUCUUGUGUCACAUUAUAUGUGUGUUGUGUCCGAGAAUCGACUUUUCUGAAAGUUGCGUUAAAAAUUGUAUUUGUUCUCAUCCGUUCUCUUCGGGCUGCUGUUGGAGCUCCUGUUUAACAAAAGCUGAGCAAUUCUAUCAGGGCAUGAAGUAAUACCGAUAACAAUUAUUGCUCAUCAGAGCUGACCUUCCAAAGCUUCCCCACAACAAGCCCAAGCCAGAAAAAUCCUUUGACGGCUCACCUUCAGACUUCUCGUCUUUCUCCCCACCCAUGGAAAUAUUUAGUCCUGCAUCUCCAUCCUGACCUGCCCAUCUAAGAACAGAGGAGCAAUAUUUCCAGCAAAAUAGACUCAUUUUAAGUACAAAAGCCUGCCAUGUACAUAACAGUGAAUAAUACUGCUAGAUCAAGUAAAGGUUUGGGAAUUUGGGGGGAGACAGUAACUAAGAAUUUAUGAUACAAGGUGUUUUAAAAGAUUCUAUACUAGUUGCAGACUCACCCCCCCCCCCAAAAAAAAGAAUGUGAUGGUUCUAAAAAUUGUUCUUGUGAAUAAACAUUAUUUAAAGAAAACAGAUACUGAGUAUGGAAAAGAAGCUUGGGGGGAGGUUCAAAAUGAGGGAGGGAUGAAAAUGAAAGCUGUUCUGCAAUUUUUUGUGUCUGGUGCACUGAAAUGAGGAUCGUGAUUUAUAUGCUUUUGAGGGAAGGGAAGAAUUAUUAACCUUUUAAAAGUGAGUUUCAGCUAGAGCAAGCCACCACAGUAUUUGGGAUAAGAUGUCUUGUGAACCUAUAAUUAAAUCCAUGGGCAUCUCAUAUUUUGAAAUGUGCCAACAAUUGGGAUUGUUCCAUUCAGUUGUCACAUUUUUGCAAAAACAUUUUACAGAAGCAGUGCACAAUAACAUGAACAAAUGAGAACAUCAACGGAGUCUGCUCGUGUUCGCUCUGAAGAAAACAAACAGCUAUGCCCUCGUUUCUCUUAUUUCCCCUGUGAGCAUUACUCAAUCACCUUCCCUUUCUUCCUGUGAUUGGUGUUGAGCUAUGGCAAAAACUACUUUUCAGCCAUAUUGUCCAGCAACAUUUUUUUUUUUGCUGGAAUCGUGUGCCUGCUUUAUUGAGCCAUAACAAUAUUUAAAAUAGAUAUAUAAAAAAAAUUCUUGCAGUGGGCUUAGACUGUGACCCACACAGCUUGUCUGGCCAUACAUUUUUAAAUCUUUUCCUCUGUUGCAUGCAGUUUAUAGCAACCUUGUUUAUAAGAAAUUGAAAUUUAUUCUGAUAAAUAUUUUAGUUUGGGGAACUUUUUAAAAACUUUAUACCCAACAAAAUUGAUUUUUUUUCCUUGACUGAUUUAAAUAAAUUAAAGAAACUGAUGAUUUUGUUUCAAAACUAAUGGCAAAUGUGUUGUAAAGAUUGUUCUGUUCUCUACCUUACACGAAGGUGCCAAAGUACAUAUAGUUACUUUAAAAAAAAUAGAAAAUUGUUAAGUUUACUUUAGCUGUGGUUUUUACCUUUCUGAUCUUUCAGAUGCUCAUUUUAUGUGUUUGCGCGUUUGUGUGUGUGUAUGUGAGUCCUGGUCUCUUAACUUUUUCAAAGCCUACCAUCUGUCCUAAUGCUUUCUCUUUAAAACAAAAUGUUUUUGGUUUUGUGCACUUGAAAAUAUCACUUUGAUUUUUAGUGAUUUCAUAUAGUAGGAAGAGCAUCUCCUCUUUUUUUUAAAAAAAAGUUUAAAGUUCUAAGAGUACAGCAGCAUUCAAAAAUGUAAUAUACUUUUUGUAUAAAGACAUUCUUCAGAAGAGUACCUUUGGAGUUUGGAGGAGGGAGGGGGCAGACAAGAUUGGGAAGGGGAAAUAACCCUGUUCCUUUCUAAGAAGCCUCUUCAUUAGACUGUUUAGAAUAUGUGCUUGUUCACUGCAUAGAAAUGUUCUACUUACAUAGGUCUGCAGUGGGGCAUGUUAGCAUUGUAUUCUUCAAUGCAAACAAAGUGAAAAAAAUUCAAAUAUUUCGUAAGAAGUCAGUGGAUGGGUACAGAGAGUCUCUUCUUUGGUAAAUAAUGUAAAUACAUGUCUUUAAAAAGAGUGAGUCUGUUAUCUAGGUAUUUUGUGUCAUUUAAUAAAUAAUAAACAGUUUUGUGUUGCUAAA